AUGGGCAAAUCAAACAGCAAGUUGAAGCCAGAGGUUGUGGAGGAGCUGACAAGAAAGACAUAUUUCACAGAGAAAGAAGUACAACAAUGGUACAAAGGCUUCAUCAAAGAUUGUCCGAGUGGUCAGCUGGAUGCUGUUGGGUUUCAGAAGAUUUACAAGCAGUUCUUCCCAUUUGGAGACCCCACAAAAUUUGCCUCAUUUGUCUUUAAUGUAUUUGAUGAAAAUAAGGAUGGACGUAUCGAAUUUUCGGAGUUCAUCCAAGCCUUGUCUGUGACGUCUCGAGGGACCCUGGAUGAGAAGCUGAGAUGGGCUUUUAAGCUAUAUGAUCUCGAUAAUGACGGCUACAUCACCCGAGAUGAGAUGUUAAACAUUGUGGAUGCCAUAUAUCAGAUGGUGGGGAACACUGUGGAGCUCCCUGAAGAAGAAAACACUCCAGAGAAACGUGUGGACCGUAUAUUUGCAAUGAUGGACAAGUACUGA